AUGUAUAUGUUUCACCUUGCAGCUGAAGGCCCACGAGUCCGUCUAUUCUCUGCUACAGACUUCAUGCUUUUCGAUAGCAAUGACCUUCUUUAUUUUGAAAUCUUACAACCAAAGAACAUAAGUUAUAUCUACAAGGUUAAACCAGCGAAAAACUUCGGAACCAAAUUUGUAAGUAAUUCAAUAAUUGAUGUCAACGAACUAUUUCUUAAUUAUAAAAUCUUAAUUACUAGCUGAGUCAGCCCAAAUGCGGACGCAGUCAUUUUAUUUAUCACGUUCCCAAGAGAGUCUGAGCUUGUUUUCACCUGUGCCACCGGUUUAAUCAGAAAUGUAACGUCCUAAACCUCCUUCACUUUCUACGUUUUCCCUUUCAACUUCCUUGCAUACGGUUCGAGCCCUACUUUAAUUUGCCUUGUAAUAAAGUUGUCUUGGGUUAGUUUUUGUAAAGGUCCAUGUAGUGGUUUAAAGGCAUUCUCUGUACAGGUAUGAAUCACUGUAGAGAGCUGAUCGUCAAUCAAUAUCUUUUCAAAAAACGCCUUUAGCCCCUUAACUCCCAGAAGUGACAAACGUUUACCUUCUCCCUUUGAUAUCCACUUGUUUUCUAGCAAACGGUUGAUGAGAAUACUCAAACUUAUCAGGAAUUUUAUCGUGAUCUUGGACCAAAUUCUCGUAACUAAUUUACAAGGAAUUGUGUAGCAGCAAGAGGAGAGAAUUAAUAAUCAGAUCUUGGGAAUUAGAGGUUUAAAGAACGUUCUUGUGCUUCAUAGUAACUGCUGGUUGAUGGGCACUUUGAUGAUGUACAAAUUGACCCUGAUAUCAAUAAUUCCUAAUGUUCACUGGUUUUCAUCUUUUUCUGUUUCUUUUCAGGAAUUAGAGUUAGGCACUGUAAACCUUGUUGCUGCUGAUCCUAUUGAUGCUUGUCAUUCAGUUGACAAUGGUAAGGCUCUGUGGGGGUCAAUAGCCUUAGUUGAAAGAGGGUGAGUGAGUGCAGACUUAACAAAUUUAUUGGACAGGGUUGACUCUUUACAUCUAACAUCAGUAUACAUGUUCUCCACAUUGUUCUCUAUCAAUUUCCUGAGACGCUGACAAUGAGAAUGUGUUUGAUAAUCAAAGGGUUAAACAUGAUGGUGAGAUAAUCAGGUUUACUAAUGUGCUAUUUCCUGCAACAUCUGACAACACUUCUACAUGUUUGGGACUAUCAUUUAUAGGUAUAGUGUUACCAAAGGAGUGCCAGACUUAUUUCUAUCUUUGUAGCCAAUCAGAGUUGAUAUUGAGAAACCAAUGCUUAGUAAAUGGAGAAUACAUAGCCUGCAUUUAGCACUUAAUGAGUUGUAUAUUUGUCUACAUGUGAGUAGCAUUUACUGCAAGUUCUCCAAACUCCCCUCCAACUAAUCCUUUGAGGCCACCAAGUCUGGAGUAAAGUGAUGUGCCUGCCCCCCUGCUUAUUACAAUAUCUCUUUGCAUGGAGACUAAUGCAUAUCUGACGCCUGUAAAAACAUGAGUAACCUUAUACUCUAGGGGUUGUUCCUUUGUCUCCAAAACCAAGACAGUGGAACAUCAUGGAGCUAUUGCUGUAUUUAUAUCAGACAAUUUACAGUUUGACAAUGCAGAAUCUUUAGUGGACAUGAUCCAUGAUGGAACAACAAGAGAAGUCAGUAUUCCUGCUGGAUUCAUCUUGGGAUCUGAUGGGUACUGCAUUUUAUUGAUGUCAUUACUGUCAUUCACAAGUGAAAUAUUUAGCUUACCACAAUGUUAUUUUUUUUAAUUUUAGAUUAUUUGUUUGAAAGAGGAUUUAAAUGAUUUAACUAUUUUCCAGUAAUUCCAAGAGCUUAGUGACAUUUUCAUUUGUCAUUAUAACCAUAUAUUUAAGAGUCCUCUUUUUUCAGAGUUUCAAUAAAUCUGUUUUGAUAAGUUAGAGCCAGUUUAAAUUUGAAAUAAGAAAGAAGGACUGCAAUGAGGAGAGAUUUUGAACUAACAGUGAGUAUUUGGUGCAAAGCAAAGCUAUCACUAUGUGGUUGUUGCAGCCUGGCUCUCCUGUGACCCAGUAGUUUCUUUCCGUACCCAUUCCGUCAGCUGACCUUCUCAAGAAUUUAACCAGUUAUCCUACCUUUCAUGUGUACUAGCAUUUUUAGUUUGAAGAGCUCCUUAUUUUAGCAGCACAGUUGUAGUUGUGUAAGACAUCAUUUGCGAAAACUCAGCUUUCAUUUUUAAGGCACUGUUAACACUUACUUAUAAUUUUUCUCCAUAUAACCAAGGUGUAAUUUACAAGACUUACACUCACCUUUAAAAGGAUGCUAAUGCUGACUUUCAUUUUUAUUUGGUGGUCUUUUACAUCUGAAUAUUAAUUAGCUCAGUUUUUCAUUAAGACUACAUGCAGUGGUGGGCUCACACAGUGUUUGUUAAAUUGCCAGGUAUCACAUCAAGCGUGGAAUUGAAGAAGCAGGAAUGGAAGCAGCAGUUAUAUCAAUUCCACUCAACAUCACUACAAGUCCACAUCUUUAUACCAGGCAACCACCUUGGUCGUAUUGGUGAUGCAGAUUUUUUUAUUUGGAAAUUUUGACAGAUAGUCCACUAAAUUUAUAUUUAGAAGUACGGCUGUCAGUAUUUUGUGGUGCAGCUUAGAUUGACAUUGUAUAUAAUAUAAAGGCAAGUUUCUAAAGAAACUGUGGUGAUGCACUAGUGAGGGUAUUAUAAGAUAGCACUAGAUUCUGAAAAAAACAAUGCUUUACUAUGCUAUUUUAUCUUUCUAGUGUUAAAAUGUUUUCUAUAGUAUGGUUUAAUUGUUGGAUACACAAACUUCUGUAGUUUAAGGAAGUUCAGCAUAGCAUAAUUCCUUUUAUUAGGCCAUCAAAGUGUUACUUAGAGGUCUCUAUUUAGUCUCCUGUCUCCCCAGUAGUGUUGAUUUGUUGUCCAGAAACCUAUACACAUAGGAUUCUACAAAUGUACUAUGUAUGGAGUCUGCUUUUAUUUAUAAGACAUGGAAUACAAAUACAUCAGAGAUCCGUAUUGUAUUAUGAAAGGAGGAUAUUUUGGGAACUUGUUCUUGGUGAUAGUUUAAAAAUAGCUGCAGCUUUCUAAGAUGUCAAAUGUCAACUUUUGUGCUCUCAUGGAGUUGGUUGACCUGAAUUUUUGUUUUGAAAUAAUUGGACAUUUUAGUAAGCCGAAAGAGGAGUUUUUCAAUUCUGAUGAUAUGUACCCCCAAGAAGUAGUAGUAGAAAUGAUUAUUGUGGUAUGUUAAGCUGCUUUUUGCCAAAAUGUAGGCCUUGUCAGACAUUAUGGUCAAAGUAGAUAUCUUACAUAUGUAAGAAAUAAGAGAAACGUCAUGGAUACUAAUACGGAAGAUACAAAUCAGAUAAGCUCAUGAAAUCACAAUGAAGAUGCUGAGCUUGUACUUAACAAUUAGAUAAUGCAGUUAAUAUUUUGAACUCAGGAGCAUUGAUCAUGUUGUGUGGUCUUCUGAUUUAGGGUCCUUAGAAGAAUUGUAUUAGAAUCAGUAGUAGUGACUGACAUUUUGUCAACCUGAGCAGAGGUCAUAAUUAAAGAUGACAAACUAUUACUAAUACAGCUUUUUUAUUCUGUGCAAAUAUUUUAUUUAUCCA